AAUUCCUAAAAACAAAUAAUCAUUUGUUUUCCAUUUACAGAUAUUGCUUCGUUUGUAGAAUGUCUAAUUUAAGAAACCGAGUAAAAUACUUCGUGGGAUUAUUAGUAGCACUCAUCGCCAGUAUCUUAUUCUUAUUAAAUAGCGAAAUCUUAAGUAGGUUAUUAGCUAAUAUAAAUGCAGAUAAUGAAACUUUCUCAAAGAUAAAUGACAAUUCGAGGACUCAUAUCAAAGUGAAAAUAAAAGAUAGUGAUAAUUUUACUUGCCUUGCAAGAAUCGUAUUUGCCCAAGACGGUGGAAGAUUGGGGAACAAACUAAUGGAAUAUGCAAAUGUGUGGAGCUUAGCUAAAUUGAAUGGCUUAACACCUAUUGUAGCCGACACUAUAUAUAACGAAAUAUCUCCAUUAUUUACAAAACUAUCAGUCACUCCUUUAUCGGGAUUUCUAAGUGAAUUAUACGAAAAAGAUCCAAUGUGUGGUCAGGUUGCUGAAAAGAUGUUUCUUCGAGAAGAAAAUAUACAGAAAUUGCCAACACUGGGAGAUGUGAAUAAAAUGAAAUCAAAAGGACCUAUUAUUAUAAAACGGUACUCAGUACUGGCUGAAACAAUAUAUCGGGCACGAAAUUCUCUGAAACAAGAAUUUGUAUACAUCGGCAAAUUCAAGAGUUACGCAUGGCAGACAUUGAGGAAAGCAGCCAGUAGUUUAAACAAUACUGCUCUACCAUCAAAGGUGAUAUAUGUAGGAGUUCAUGUUCGUCGAACAGAUUAUCCCAAGUACCUUAAAAAAAAAGUUGGAACGACAAAUGUUGUGACCAAAGAUUAUUAUGUUCAUGCAAUGAAAUAUAUUUUGCGACGUACAAACAAGAAUGGAAAUUCGAAAGUGGUGUUUGCUGUUACAAGCGACGAUAUGAAAUGGACCAGAAAGACUCUCAUCCCAGAGCUUGAAAUGAACUUACAACUCAUGGGGCUGUCCAGUUGCAACGCUACUGUGAGUUGGUGUGGAUCUGAAGAUUACAGGAAUGAUUUGGCACUACUUUCUUUUUGCAAUCAUUCCAUCAUUUCCUACGGGACGUAUGGUGCUUGGUCUGCUUUAAUGGCUGGUGGCAACACAAUAGUUUUUAAACUUGAUCCAAGUGGGAAAAGAAGCAUUUCAGCACAAACAUUUGGAAGACUUUUUGCAAAUUGGAAAAUAAUGAAC